AUGUACAUGUUCUGCUGUUUCGCGAAAAUUAUAUAUUACGUGAUUUUGAUCCUAUAUCACUCUUAUGACAUCUACUUCGAUUGCAAUACCUUGUCUUUGAUAUACAACGAUGGUACAUUCGCCGGAGCUUCAAUCAAGGGCUUUUUUAUGUUGAGUUUUCUGAUCGGCUUUUUCUGCAGUAUCGCUAUCAUUUUGGUUUACCUCUACUACAUUAUAUUUCACCUGUCCUGUAUUUGUGAGGAAUGCGACUCUCCAGGGGGUAGCUGUGACAAGACGUGUAACCGCCGUUUUGUUUCCGCCGAGUUAGUGAUCUCACUUUUGGAAUUAUUCCUCAAGGAUGAUGUUGAAAGUGGCAUAUUGUUCUCGAUAGUUAUGUCGGAAACAAUUGUAACACCACCCAUCUGGCAGCCAGUAACUUCGGCGAUCUGCAGUGUGUUUGGCCACUUAAAGCUGUUGAUUUGCUUCGUUACGAAGCUAUGUGGAUGUGGAGAGGGAGAAGGAGAUGCUUCCUGUGAAAAGAUAGUUGCCUGUUUCGUUGGAAUACUGGGAUCAGCACUGUUUUUGUGCUUCACUAUCGCGUACUUGGUGUAUGUUCCAUUAAUAGCUGAACUCCGCCAGCCUUUCUAUGGCCGAGAAGCUGGACAUUUGUGA